CAAAACCAAAACCUAAUACCAGAGAGACACAGAGAGAGGCAUUAGGGAACCUGAAAGGUAUUACUGUCGUCCUUAAUGGCGAAAGGGUGGGUCAAGUCGCUACAAUGCAAAUCCAGAGCAGUAAACGACGUCGUUCACCUUCAGCCCCAUCACCACCACCACACAGCAUCUAAAAGCCACCACCUCAUACCCAACAGUGCAAGUUGCAGAAAAAGCUAUCAAAAUCUCAAAGACGUUGUUCAAACCACCAAACACAACAAACCUACAAAAGAUAAACCACCACAGACACCACCUACCAAACAACCCAGUUCAAAAAAACCCGAACUCGUUUCAAACCAACCCACUCACCGUCCUCGAACCAGUGCGGCCACGCGCCACUCACGUGCCUCAGACCCACUCUUUCCAGCUCUCACAGAACUCCCGGAGGGCCACCCUUCGCGCAAUGUGGUAGAGAUAAUCUUCCAUACAAGCUGGUCACCGAAAGCAUUCUCGGGUCAGAUCGAAAUGGUUUUCAAGGUCCAGAAUUUGAACCGAACAGAGAUCCGAUUUGAAGAAUAUCGCCAGGUAGUGAAGUCUCGGGCUGGUUCAGGAGAGGAGGAAGGUGGCAGUGAAGACCACGCUCGGUGUGUUGCGGAUGGGAAUGAGGUGAUGAGGUUUUAUUGCUUGGGGCCCAACAAUGGUGGCGCGUACGAUUCAUGCAGUGGCGUUUAUACUUUUUAUGGAAGAAAAGGGGCGGCAAUAUGUACGUUUUCAGGGAGCGGACCGGCCCAUGAAAAUGCCGGCGGUGGGAGGGGUAGGAGGGCAAUGUUAGUUUGUCGGGUCAUAUCGGGACGGGUUUGCAAGCAACUCGGGUUUGACUCGCUGUUGGGAAGACGAGUUGGUUUUGACUCGGUGAGUAGGGCCAAUGGCGAGUUGCUAGUGUUUGACUCUCGUGCGGUAUUGCCUUGCUUUCUCAUCCUCUAUAAAUUGUAAAAUUAAAUUCCAAGAAGAUCC